AUGCGGCGCGAAAUCGAUACCGAAACAAAACGGGACAUCCGGGGCCACUAUCUCUUCGAGGUAGCCACUGAGGUCGCCAACCGAGUGGGUGGCAUUUACUCCGUCAUCAAGUCCAAGGCCCCCGUCACCACCGCCGAGUAUGGCGACCGAUACUGCCUCAUUGGGCCUCUCCACAGGCAAUCUGCCGCCGUUGAGGUGGAAGCCCUUACUCCAACGAACCCCCAGCUGGCCGCCACUAUCGCGGCUAUGGAAUCGCGAGGAAUCGGCAUCGUAUACGGACGCUGGUUGAUCGAGGGAGCCCCCAGAGUCGUUCUGAUCGAUACUAAGACGGGAUACCGCUUUCUGGACGAGUGGAAGGCGGACUUGUGGCACACGGCCGGGAUCCCAUCUCCUCCGGGCGAUGAUGAGACCAACGAGGCGGUAGUCUUUGGCUACCUGGUCGCAUGGUUCUUAGGAGAGUUCGUUGCACACGAGAAGGAUAAAGCCGUCAUUGCACAUUUCCACGAGUGGUUGGCAGGCGUAGCUCUUCCCCUCUGCAAGAAGCGACAAAUCGAUGUCACGACCAUCUUCACGACCCACGCGACCCUUCUCGGUCGAUACCUGUGCGCUGGCUCGGUUGAUUUCUACAACAACCUACAAUAUUUUGAUGUGGAUCAUGAGGCGGGAAAGCGUGGUAUCUACCACCGCUACUGCAUUGAGCGCGCCGCGACACAUGCCUGCGAUGUCUUCACGACCGUGUCUCACAUCACGGCGUUUGAAUCCGAACAUCUCCUCAAGCGCAAGCCCGAUGGUGUGCUUCCCAACGGUCUCAAUGUCACCAAAUUCUCUGCCAUGCACGAGUUCCAGAAUUUGCAUCAGCAGGCCAAGGAGAAGAUUCACGAUUUCGUCCGCGGCCACUUCUACGGGCACAAUGACUUUGACCCGGAAAACACCCUGUACUUCUUCACGGCCGGUCGCUACGAGUACCGAAACAAGGGUGUCGACAUGUUCAUAGAGUCGUUGACACGCCUGAAUCAACGACUGAAGGCCUCCGGCUCGAAGAUGACCGUGGUCGCAUUCAUUAUCAUGCCGGCGCAAACCCAAUCCCUAACGGUGGAGGCCUUGAAGGGGCAGGCGGUGAUCAAAUCAUUGCGAGACACGGUUGACACUAUUGAGCGUAGCGUGGGAAGGCGGAUCUUUGAGCGCGCUCUCAAGUGGCACGAUGGCGACCCUAUGCCCGAUGACAAGGAUUUGAUCACCAGCCAGGACCGCAUCCUCCUCCGCAGACGGUUGUUCGCCAUGAAGAGGGAGGGGCUGCCCCCGAUCGUAACCCACAACAUGGCCAAUGACGGCGACGAUCCGAUUCUGAACCAGAUUCGCCGAGUCCAGCUCUUCAACCAAGAAGAUGACCGGGUGAAGAUCGUGUUCCACCCUGAAUUCCUGAACUCGGCCAAUCCCGUUCUGCCAAUGGAUUACGACGAGUUUGUCCGAGGGACUCAUAUGGGCGUCUUCCCCUCUUACUACGAGCCGUGGGGAUACACCCCGGCAGAGUGCACCGUCAUGGGUGUCCCUAGUAUCACCACGAACCUCUCGGGAUUCGGAUGCUACAUGGAGGAGCUGAUUGAGAACUCGACGGACUACGGAAUCUACAUUGUCGACCGCCGCAAUAAGGGUGUGGAUGACUCAGUCAACCAGCUUGCGUCCUACAUGUUUGACUUUGCGGAAAAGUCUCGUCGUCAACGUAUCAACCAGCGCAACCGAACCGAGCGUCUGAGCGAUCUGCUGGACUGGAAGCGAAUGGGCAUGGAGUACGUGAAAGCAAGACAGCUGGCCCUCCGCAGAGCAUACCCCUCCUCCUUCAGCAGCGAGGACAAGGACGACUGCAUCCCGGGUAUUGAGCAGAAGAUCUCCCGGCCAUUUAGUGUUCCUGGAUCGCCGAGGGAUAGAAGUGGGAUGAUGACGCCGGGUGAUUUUGCCAGUCUGCAGGAAGGCAGAGAGGGUCUGAGCACGGAGGAUUAUGUUGCGUGGAAGUUGCCUGAGGAGGAAGACCCCGAUGAGUACCCAUUCCCUCUCACCCUGAGGGCGAAGAAAUCCACCAGUCCUUCGAGCCCUGCCGAGUCACUCCUCACGAAUGGCAACUAA